UCAGGCGUGCGUGCAUAUAACUCCCAAACCACACUUGUGAGGAAUUCCAAUGAUGUUGUUGUUAAUGUUUGCCACUCCAUCUGUUUGUUCUUUUGACCCGUGUAUUUGCCUGAUUUGUUUGUCUGCAUCUCACCAUCAUUCUUCUUUCCUUUCCCUCUGUUGACUUGUGUUUGAUGUUGCUGAUUUGGUAAUUUUCUCUUUUCCUUUUGGCUGCCGCUUUUUGCCUUUCUUCCCCGAAGACUCGAAAGAAGGAAAUAGUGUGCAGAGAGAAUAGAGAUGUCGAAGACGCUGGUUCAGCCGAUAGGCCAAAAGAGACUUACCAAUGUUGCAGUUGUGCGUCUUAAGAAGCACGGUAACCGUUUCGAAAUCGCUUGUUAUAAGAAUAAGGUCCUUUCAUGGCGUUCCGGCGUAGAGAAAGACGUGGAUGAAGUGUUGCAGUCACAUACUGUUUACACGAAUGUAUCGAAGGGUGUACUUGCAAAGUCUAAAGAUUUGAUUGGGGCUUUUGGAACUGAUGAUCAGACCAAAAUUUGUCUGGAGAUUUUGGACAAAGGGGAGCUGCAAGUUGCAGGGAAGGAGAGGGAAUCACAGUUGUCAAGUCAGUUCAGGGAUAUUGCUACCAUAGUUAUGCAGAAGACAAUCAAUCCUGAAACUCAGCAUCCAUACACAAUUAGCAUGAUUGAACGUUUGAUGCAUGAUACCCAUUUCGCAGUUGAUCCAAAUAGUAGCUCAAAGAAACAGGCACUGGAAGUCAUUCGGGAGCUUCAAAAGCAUUACCCCAUUAAACGGGCCCCCAUGAGGUUGAGGAUACAUGUACCAGAACAGAGUAGCUGUUCUGUCCUGGACAAGCUUAAGGAGUGGAGUGCCUCCAUUGUGUCAAGAGAAGAAUCUGGAAGUCAGCACUCCAUAAUUUGUGAAAUUGAGCCUAGUCUUUUCCGGGACUGUGAUGCCUUGAUAAGGAAUCUACAGGGGAGAGUGGAAAUUCUUGCGGUCAAUGUACAUGUGGAGGGAGAUACUUUUGUCGAUCAGUUCGAUGAUCAUGAGGAUGAUUCAUCGAGUUUAAGGAAGGAUUCUACUGGUUCAGUCCUUCAGCUGAGUGAGAAAAUGCAAAAGCAGACUAUUUCUUCAGAAUGUGGGAAUUCCAGGGAAGAAGAAAAACUGAGCAAACCUGCAAAAAGUGGGAGUUCCGAGGGCGAAGUAAAACUGAACAAAUGCACUACUUGCAAUGCUGUUGUGAGAGAUUCAAAAGAAUACAGAGAGCAUUUUAAGAGUGACUGGCAUAAGCAUAACCUAAGGCGUAAAACUAGGCAACUCCCUCCACUUACAGUUGAAGAAUGUAUGGCUGACCUGGAACUUGGAGACUCGAAGGCUGAUCUAAAAGAAUAUUCAUUUUGAGGUGGAACAAUUUUCCUUAGCUACAGACCUAUAUUUUACAAUAUUAAAGACGUACAUAUUCUACCUAGCAAGACUUGAAGGAAAACAUAAUAUAGAGAAAUGCUGGUCAAGAUAUUUUGCUGAUGAGUCUGGUUAGUUUGUAUUUUAUUAUAGUGAAUAAUUGAAUAAAAGGGAAAAAUGUGAUCUAUAUUCAAUCUUGUCUCUGCUACUCUUAUGUGCCCAAAGUGCUUAUGUUGAUGCCUCCCAGUAA